AUGGCGUGUAAACCGCCAAUUUACAACGGGGAGGUUGACCCGAUAAUAUGCCAAAAAUGGCUAAGUGAUGUCGAAGGGGUAUUUGAAAGGACCCACUGUGAUGUAAGAGAUUUUGUGGCUUACGGAACGGGUCAGUUAAGGGGUCAAGCCAAGGAUUGGUGGGAUAAUAAGAAGAAGGAGAUUGGAGCCGAAGCGGCAAGGACUAUGACGUGGGACGAGUUUAAUGCACCAUUCCUUAAACACCACAGUCCCAAGGCGGUCAUCAAUAGAAUCAAGGAGGAAUUCAUUCAGUUGAGACAAAAGGGUGAAUCAAUUGAUAAGAUCACGGGUAUUUUCAUGGAUAAGCUGAGAUUCUGUGAUGAGUUAGUGACUACCGAAGAGCAGAAGAUAUACUACUAUUAUAAUAUGUUGAGCGCUGAAUAUCGGGAGUUCAUGACUCCUUCAAAGUACGAGACCCUCACAGAAAUCAUUAACACCGCCCGGGAGCGGGCGAUUGAGUUGAAGAAACAAGUAGAGAAGGGCGAACGAAGGGCGCAGGAUGUGAAUCCAAGUCCUGCAAAGAAGGCAGGAACAUCGGAGUUGACACGAAAGGCUGAUGCGAAAGGCAGGUCACCAAGUUGCAAAGUUUGUGGGAAAGGGCACAAGGGUAAGUGCCGCUUCAAAGACAAAUCGUGUCCCAUAUGCGGGAAGACGGGGCACACAGCAUCACUAUGUUCGGGAAAGGUUUCUGUUUGCUACAAGUGUGACCAACCGGGCCACAAGAAGUCCGAAUGUCCGGACUUGGUUGGAAAGAAAGAUAACAAAGAAUCUCCAACAGAAACUCCAAAGGCGAAGGCCAGAUCCUUCCAAUUAACUGCGGCUGAAGCAAAGACAGUACCCGAUGUGGUCUCAGAGAUAAAGUUAACAUCUCCGAGUGGAAGACAUGUUACAAUCUAUGGCGAGAAAGGAGGAAAUCUGGUCAUAUGCUCAAUGUUAAAAUCUCAAAAGCUUUUGAGGCACGAAUGUAGGGCGUUCAUGAUAUACGUAAAUGAACUCGGGAAAGAAUCACCGAAUAUUGGAGAAGUACCGGUGGUACGUGAAUAUGAAGACGUGUUUCCGGAAGAUUUGCCGGGAAUACCGCCUGAACGAGAAGUAGAGUUCGAAAUCGAGUUGUUCCGGGCGCGAAACCCGUAG